AUGUCUGGCUAUUUGUGUUCAAGACUCCUCUUUUACACUGGCGGAAGACAUCUGUCCAGUUUCUUUGCAGCCAGCCAGCAUGUUUUACCUGAUAAACAGUCUAGAACCUGCCUGCUCUCUUCUCAAGCCCGGAGCUUCUCCUCCCGUAGUGGUCGAUCAGAUGGAAGCUCAGGACAGGAAGGAGAGAACACACUGUGUGCUCCAAGACAUGAAAUGGAUUUCCAGUUGAGCCGGCUGCAGAUCAAUGCUGUUCUGCGUGCUAACGAGCAGUCUGUUCGUAUUCCAGAAUUUGAUAGCCGUGGUGGUCCCAGUCCGGUGCUGAGGUUUGAGAGUAACCAGCUUUCAGCCAACACUCCGCUAGAGGACCGACGCAGCAGUGCCAACUGCCUUCAGACCCGUGGCAUGCUUUUCGGCGUGUUUGAUGGACACGGCGGACAUGCGUGCGCUCAAGCGGUCAGCGAGCGCCUGCCUUAUUACAUUGCUGUGUCGAUGAUGGCAGAGUCUGUCCUGGAGGAUCUAGAGGCUGCCAUGGAGACCUUACGACCCGUGCCGCCCAUUCUGCAGUGGUUUAAGCACCAUAAUGACUACAACUACAGGGAGUCAGCAGCCCUCUACGUCGAUCAUUUGCGUGUUUACUGGCAGGAGCUUCUGGCGAGUGAAGAACAUGGCGACGGCAUGCGCCCUACUGAUGCUCUCAGCUACGCAUUCCAGCGACUCGACACAGAUCUUUCCCUUGAGGCACAGGUGCCGCUCGCAAAUGACCUGAUGCGGAACACAGCCAUCCAGGCCGCCUUCGCUGGCUGCACAGCUUGUGUGGCUCACAUUGGACCAGAGGGUGUGCAUGUUGCAAAUGCAGGAGACUGUCGGGCAGUGUUGGGUGUCCAGGAGGAUGAUGGGAGCUGGAGUGCUCUUCCACUCACACAAGACCACAACGCUACUAAUGUAACCGAGCUGGAGCGGAUAUGGCGGCAGCACCCGGCCAGUGAACGGCAAACCAUAAUCGUAGAUGACAGGCUGCUCGGCGUCCUGAUGCCAUUGCGUGCGUUUGGGGACGUGCGCUUUAAGUGGAGUCGUGAGCUACAGCAGAGUGUUCUAGAGAAUGGAGACUCAGAUUUAGAAGCGCUGAAUCUUUAUCAGUAUGCUCCACCUAAUUAUCUCACCCCACCUUACUUGGAGGCCACACCAGAAGUCACUUACCAUCGGUUGCGGCCACAGGACCGAUUUUUGAUUUUGGCCUCUGAUGGUCUCUGGGACGAGAUGAACAAUGAUGAGGCAGUCAGGCUUGUGGCGGAACAUCUGACAGGUAUUCAUCUGCAGGCUCCGGUUUCAGCCAGCCAGCUUAACUUGGGACAAAUGCAGCAGCUACUGCUGCGGCGACGGGCCAGGGCAACGCCCGCUUUGGAUUUGAAUGGAGCCACACACUUGAUUCGCCAUGCCCUGGGCACAAAUGAGUAUGGAGAGAUGGACCAGGAGAGAUUGGCAACCAUGCUGGCUCUGCCUAGUGAUUUAGCACGCAUGUACCGUGAUGACAUCACUGUCACCGUGAUUUACUUUAACCCAAACUUCAAUAAAACUAAUAACUAAUAAAGAAGAACAUUUUAAAGUUUCAUAUAUAUAAAAUUAUAUUUGAAGAAUUGUUUUUAGCUGUGAUUUUUUUUUUUUUUUUUUAAUGCAUUUGAGGCAAUGUUUUUUUGUCUUUUAUAUAGUUGCAUACACCUCAAAAUGCCUACAGGUGACUUUAUUUUGAGUUCGCAACAGAUUCUUGCAUUUUGUUUUGGAAAAUGUGAAUACAAACAAUGAGGGUAGAAUUCAGUGAAUCACUUUAAAUGGAACAAGGUUACAAAUGUGAAGGUAAAGUCUUAAUCUGUCUAUGUAGUUCAGGCACUAAUAAAAAGCAUCUCUGAAACUGCUUUUUUUUAUACCUCAUCUUUUUAUGACGAGUGUAGUUGUCUAGAAUUUUCGCAUUAGGCUGUUUGUUUUUGUUUUUUUUUGUCUACAGAUUGUUCAUUAUAGUUAUAUUGGGUAUAUCUGUUCAAAGAAGUGGUCAUUUAAGUGUAUUUUUCACAACAGGAGAAUUAGAAUAAUGACAAAUAUUCUUCUUUACUCUGUAGCUGUUCCAUAAGAUAUUAAUAUCACUUGCAUUAAGUAUAAGAUGCUGUACAGCCUGAAGAUUACAAGAAUUUAGCACACUUGGCUCCUGCUAUUUUUUUCUGGGCUGUCUUGGCUUGUGCUAUGAAGACAUUUUCACUUUGCACUUUGAAGUGACUGUAGCUUGUGUCAAUGUACCACAACAAAAUUCUUGUCAAUGGUUAAACUGAUAAUAUUUGUAGUGCAAAGUAUGAAGGUCAUAGGAGCCAGUUUUAUGGAAGGUUUUAUUAUACGUUACAUUUUAUGUCAGCAUUACAUCAACUUGCAAGUAUAUUUCAAAAUCACUUUGCUUGAGAAAAAUGAUCUUUUACACUGCUUAUGUAGAUUCAUGAAGUAAAACAGGUGCACCAUAUUUUCUGGUAGUAAACAAUGUUUUGCUUUUUUAUAUUUUUGUUAUUUGUGUCUAUAAUGUUACUAUUUGUUCUGUUCUAAUUUGAGUGACAGACUUCAGAGACUCUCCUCUUUUAGAUAUUUUUAAAUGGGAUAAUAUAUUUUCACUGCAGAAUUUUGUCUUUGUAUUUUUAUGAUGUCUGUUAUAUUCACCCUAUCUGGUUAUUAAAAGAUGUUUAAUCCAAA